CAAUCUGCUCUACAACUUCGUUGGCUUCUCCCUCUUGUCCGUUCCCCGUUUGGUCGAUCCGGUCUGGUCCUUCCUUGGUUGUCCUUCCUUCUUCGGUCCUUUUCUGGGAUCCCGGAUCCUCGUCUACCUUUACUUUUCCCUGAUCUUCGUCCUCUACCUUUCCGCCAUAUUGACAGUGUUUUCAGAAACAUAUUUGCUGCCAUUGAUCUCCUGCCACACUCCUUUGACUCCGUUUCUAUUAACCACCCCACAUGCCUCUCCUUGCCUCUCCCCUCUAUCUGCCUACCCUCCUCUCUCAUACCACGGACUUGGCGGCAUCUUCUCGUCACUGACGCUUUUGUCGUAGAUGAUUCAUUGCAAGUACUUCGUCGUCGAACAAGACCCGAGCGUCCCCAAUCCCCUCGCAUCAUCACCAAGUUCUUCCGUCAAGUCGACAACCAUUCCGUUCUUUUACAACCUUUCUUCUUCCGCUCUCUUCUCCCACAUUCCUUGCUUGAUGGUCUCCUUCCUCCACCUUCCUCUCCCAUUGUGUCGCAUGUGGACCCCAGCCCCUUCCUCACCAGUAUGUUUCCCAUAAUACCUCGCAAACCAUUCUCACCCAAAACGUUCCGCACCCUUUGCACCCCGUCCCCAGACAACCCUGUCCCUCCUCUCCACACCCACCAAUGGCGCACUUUCUGGUCCGCUCCCAUCCACCAUUCUGUCCGUUCUUUAUGGUUCCGCGCUCUUCACAACAAGCUGUCGUGUCGCUCCGUUCUACACCAAACUGUCCCUACCAUCUUUCCUGACGGGUCCUGCCCCAUAUGCGGUGACAUCAAGGAAUCUACAUCUCACUUUCUGUUCACUUGUCCCCCAAAGUUCUCCGCCUGGACUAUUUUUUGGUCAACCCAUUUUGGCAACGUGCCCUCCACGCAAGACAUUCAUUCUGCUCUUUUUUCCUUCCGUCUCCCGCCAUCCCUCACUCCAGACAUUCCCGCCGUUUCUCUUGUCAGCUGUAUCCUCCUCGCAAUCUGGCGCCAUCACUGGUCCUUUGUGUUUGACGAUGCUCCUUUCCUGAGUACAUCAGUCCUUGUCACUGCUGCUUCUCUUGUCACCCGUUUUCAUGCGGAACUAUCCCUGCCUCUUUCAGACUAGCUACUCACUCAUUUUACAUAUAAUUUAAAAACCCAAAAACACAUAGAAAAUAUAAAACCCAAAAACAGGAUUGUGACUUCCUCUUCCUCUUAGAAUUGUUAAGCUCAAUAAAAUUUCUGAGGCCUAGCCUCCUUAC